AUGAACGAACCUCGCCGCCCACCCCGCGCUGCACAAACAGCCCACGCCGCACAAGCACAACAUCAUCAUGACACUCAUUAUCACACCGACUCGGAGAGCACAAGUGGCACCCUCACAGCCACGGAGCCCCCCAAGGACGACGACAGCACCCAGCCCCGCCACGGCCUCACCAGGAUCCGCCACAUAAUCCUGGUCGGCAGCCUGUUCUUCACCCUGUUCCUCCCGGCGCUGGACCAGACCAUCGUGUCCACCGCCCUGCCCAAGAUCAUGACGAGCCUGGGCGGGGCCUCGUCCAACUCGGGCUACACGUGGGUCGGCUCCGGGUACGCGCUGACGCAGGCCGUGGUGAUGCCGCUGUUUGGGCAGGCCUCCGAGGUCUUUGGGCGCAAGUGGGCCUUUGUGGCCGCCAUCGCCGUCUUCAUGGCCGGGUCGGCCCUGUGCGGCGCGUCGCAGGACGUCUCGAUGCUGAUCGCCUCCCGCAUGGUCCAGGGCGUGGGCGCCGGCGGCAUCACGGCGCUGGUCAUCAUCCUCAUCGGGGACCUGGUCGGCACGCGCAAGAGGGGCAAGUACCAGGGCUUCAUCGGCGCCACCUGGGCUGUUGCGUCGGCGCUGGGGCCGGUGCUGUCGGGCGUGCUGGCUGAUCAUAUCAGUUGGCGAUGGUGUUUUCUCAUCAAUCUUCCCAUAUGCCUUGUCUGUCUCAUAAUCACAGUCUUGUUCCUUAAUAUGUCACGACCAUCAAAGAGCAUCCGCGAGGCCAUCAGGACGCUGGACAUUGUCGGCAUCCUCGCCAUCGGGACGGCGACAGUCCUGGUCCUGCUCGCCUUUGAGUGGACCUCUCUCGGCACGUCGUGGAGCGCGCCCCAGGUCUUGAUCUCAUUGGUCACAGCGGCCCUGUCUCUGGGGUUCUUCAUCUAUGCCGAGACCAAGGCCACCAAGCCAGUCAUCCCGCUGCGCUUCUUCACACACCCCACCAGGAUCGGAGCGUACCUUGCAGCAUUCUUCCACGCCGUGGGAUACAUGGGCCUCAACUACUACCUUCCGAUUUACUUCCAGGCAGUGAAGGGCCAGACCCCUUCCCAGAGCGGCAUCAGCAUGUUGCCCCUUGUGCUCAUGUUUGGGAUCGCGAGCACCGGGGCAGGGUACCUCAUAACGGCGACCAAGAAAUACCAAACACUCAUCUGCGGCUCGUUCCUCGUCGCCACCAUGGGCUGCGGCAUGCUCGUCCACCUCAACAAGUCCACGUCGACCGCCGUCACCGUGGUAUUGCUCCUGAUAGCCGGGGUCGGCGUGGCGCCGAACUUCAACUCGCUGCUGAUCCCGAUCCACGCCUCCUUCGACGACACGUCCGACAACUCGGACAUCGCCAUGUCGGCCUCGGCGUACUCGUUCAUCCGCACCAUCGGGCUCAGCAUGGGCAUCAGCAUUAGCGGGCUGGUGUGCUUCGACGAGCUGCAGAAGCUCAACACGGGCCCCGCGGGCGAGAUGAGCAUCUCCCAGCUCAUCGACAGCGUGGGCACCAUGACCGGGAGGGAGAGGGAGGCCACGGUGGGCGUCUUCGAGACGGCCAUGACGCACGUCUUCAUCGAGGUCGCGGCCGUGAUGGGCGCGGGCAUGUUCGCGAGCUUCCUGAUCCGGAAGCACAAGCUGGGCGAGAGGGUGCGGUCCGACCACAAGAUCCAGAUGGCCCCCGUGAAGAAGGCGGGGGGCCACCAGACGUUGUCCGAGAUGAACUCGGAGGCCACCCUGAGGGAGAGGUGUUGA